AUUUCAGUUCGUAAUCAACAGCUAAGUGUUAUUUGAUGGAUUCUUCAUCUUAUUCCGAGUCUACGUCGACGAAUGGUGGAGGUUCUAACAAAGAUGACAAACUACAGAUUGCUAACAGGUGUCAUGGUCGUUACUUUGGUCUAUAUCAGCGUGCUUUUAGGAAUAAAGAUCAUUUGAUUGCUUUGGAUAAUUUGCUUGCGGGUAUUGGUCCUCAAAUCUUUAAAGAUGACUGUGCUGGAUCGUCGUCUAUUGAUAAAAAUGAUUCAAUCAUGAACAUAUAUGGUAUUGUUGUACCUGAAGAAAUAACUGCACAUGCUCCAGAUGUGGUUAGUACAAAAGGAGGUGCAAGUGACAAGAAAAGCAGGAUUAAGUCAAGCAUAGAGAAAGCAAUUGAAAAAGCAAAUAAACCUCAUAGGCGUUGUGGAAAGUGUCAUAAAAUUACUGAUCAUAAUGCUAGAAGUUGUGGCAGAAAGGAGACAUGAUUGUUUUUUAGUUGUUGACAUAGACUACAAAUUAUUGACAUUUUCUUGUUAGUUGUUGAUAUCUGAUUUUACUCUCUGUUGACAUCUAUUUUAUGAUUCUGUUUUUUUAAUUUUAAGUUUUGUUUUCUGAGUUGUACACCUUUAUACAAGGUGUUGACAUUUGGUUAUAAGUAGUUGAC